AAACUAUGUAAAGGUAGAUCUCGCCACCAACGAUACUUCUCUUUUGGCAACUCGAUAGCGAAUUGGGUGUUUCAUAGAUCAGGCAGAAAUCUUGAAGAUCAGUCAUUCAAUCUUUCAAAUCUGAAGUUUCCUCAGAACACCCAUUUGAAAUUUCGAGAGAUGGCGGAGUUUCUCUGUACCGGUUGUCUUGUAACGGUAACGGAUGAUCGGAAGGCGAUCCCAGAAUAGGCCAUCUGUUAAAGACCGUUUAUUUCUGAUUUCUUAUCAAAUAAGAGAACAGGCUUAAUUCUUCUGUGGCCAUGGCAACGAAUGAGAAUCUUCCCCCAAAUGUCAUAAAACAACUUGCCAAAGAACUGAAGAACCUUGAUGAAUCUCCCCCUGAGGGUAUUAAAGUAGGAGUAAAUGAUGAUGAUUUUUCAACCAUAUAUGCUGACAUUGAAGGGCCAGCUGGAACACCGUAUGAGAAUGGUGUGUUCCGCAUGAAGCUGAUAUUAUCACGUGACUUCCCACAUUCUCCUCCCAAAGGGUACUUCCUUACAAAGAUUUUCCAUCCGAACAUUGCAACCAAUGGUGAAAUUUGUGUCAAUACGCUAAAAAAGGACUGGAAUCCAAGUCUUGGACUGCGCCACGUUCUCAUUGUAGUUAGAUGUUUAUUGAUUGAGCCGUUUCCAGAAUCAGCUUUAAACGAGCAGGCUGGCAAGAUGCUGCUAGAAAAUUAUGAGGAGUAUGCUAGGCAUGCCAGGUUGUACACUGGAAUUCAUGCCAAACCAAAACCAAAGUUGAAGUCGGGAGCUAUUUCAGAGUCUACUACAGCGCUGAAUGUUGAUCAAAGUAACACCUCAGUUCUCAACGGUGACCAGAAGAACACAGCAGUUACUGUUGCAAUAACAUUGCCAUCCCCAUUGGCUCCUUGUACAAUACCUAUGAAAGGAGGAAAUAGUCAGGAUCAGGUAGCGGUUGCAGCUCCAAUUGCUGAGACAGGAGUUGGUGGAUCUCUAGCUGUGGCAGUGGCAACACCUGUAGUAGGUCUCCAGAAGAAAGAAGGUGGAGCAGCAAAAGCUCAGGCAGACAAGAAAAAAAUGGAUGCAAGAAAAAAGAGCUUAAAGAGAUUGUAAUGUUAAGAAGGGGAUACAUGAUUGAACCACCAUUAUCAGUUUCCCUGGCUAUUUGUUGCGUGAGUUUGGAGGCGCAUUUAAUUUGAUGGGAAUAGGUAUUUGAUGUAAGAAAUGUUUCCAAUUGGGACAAGUGAUGGAUUAAAUCAAGCCCUAUCUUCUUUAUUUCA